ACUCCACAAUACGGUAAGCCUAUCGCGGUUGGACUCUUUUCAUUUCCGUUGAUCAAAUUCCUUUUUAUCUCCAUCUUCCCUUUCCCCAGAUUUGAAAAAUACUUCCUCAACUUUCAAUAUUCACUUGGACAAAGAAAUUCCCCCUUCAUUUUCCUUAUCUGGCCUCAGACUUUACCCUCAAAGCUUUCUUACUUUCUUAUCUCUCCCACCUCUUAUCCCCCACAAUAAGAGUAUUCAAGUGGGUAGUCUUCUGAAUUACAUCUCAAAACAACUUCAAUUCGUUCUUUAGAUCUUUCCCAACCCUCUUUUCAAUAUCACAUCAAAAGAUCUUCAAAAUGACUACAGCCUACCCAUAUCCAACCCCUGCUGCUACACCACCUCACGAUUCCCCAUUACAAACCACAGUCCUUGUUUCUUCUAGAGCAGUCAUCUUUGAUGAGAAAGACAAUCUUACUAUCUCACCCGCAACAAUCACAAUUUCACCUUCCACUGGCAAGAUCAUAUCAAUCUUACCUAGCAUUCUCCCACCCUCCAGUUUUCCACCAAACACAAUCUAUGUAGACCACACCCCUCAUUUGAUCCUUCCGGGGUUAGUUGACGCCCAUGUACAUCUUAAUGAGCCGGGCCGAACAGAAUGGGAGGGUUUCAAUACUGGAACGAAAGCUGCCGCAUCAGGUGGUGUCACGACCGUCAUUGAUAUGCCAUUGAAUGCUAUUCCACCAACUACAACGUUGAAUGGAUUGCAAGAAAAGAUUAAGGCUGCUCAAGGUCAAUGCUGGGUUGAUGUUGGAUUUUAUGGUGGGAUCAUACCUGGCAAUGCUGAGGAGUUGCUUCCGCUUGUUGAGGCAGGAGUCAGAGGUUUUAAGGGUUUCCUUAUAGAGAGUGGUGUAUGUAUAUCUUUACCAAUCACAGCUGCAACGACUAACAAUAAUGACAGGUUGAUGAAUUCCCUGCCGUCUCUUCCUCCGAUGUAGCCCUCGCACUCAAGACCCUUAAAGAUACUUCCACAACUCUCAUGUUCCACGCAGAAAUGAUUCCACCAAUAACAGCCUCCAUUGGUGAUGACGUCCAAGUAUCCCUCCCACCUCUUCAGCCAUCCGGACCCCUGACAGCAUACGACACAUUCCUAUCAUCCCGCCCUCCUUCAUUUGAAACCUACGCUGUCGAUGAAAUCAUCUCCCUUGCUCACCUCGCUCCCUCCCUUCACCUUCACAUUGUCCAUCUUUCCGCCAUCGAAGCCAUCCCACUGCUCCGCGCCGCUCGCUCCUCCGGGAUAAACAUUACCGCCGAAACCUGUUUCCACUAUCUCGCCCUCGCAUCCGAAGACGUUUCCGAGGGUGAUACCCGCCACAAAUGUUGUCCACCUAUUCGCUCAUCCGCUAAUCGAGAUGGUCUCUGGGCCGAAUUAUCACACCCUGAAUCCGUCAUCAAAACCAUCGUCAGCGAUCACAGCCCUUGCACCCCGGAACUUAAACUUCUCCCCGAACAUCUAUCCCACGGCUGUGGCGCCAUGCGUGAUGACGCUAAAGCCGUGAACGGCACUUUACUAAAAGAUCAAGAAGCCAAAGAAAAGGGUGAUUUCUUCGCUUCCUGGGGUGGUAUCUCUUCAGUUGGUCUCGGCCUCCCUAUCCUCUGGACUGAAGCGACAUCUCCAUCUCGCGCUUCCUCUCCUUCUACUCUCAGUAUCGUCGACAUAGUAAAACUUUGCGCAGUGAACACAGCUAAACAAGUUGGACUUCAACAUCGUAAAGGAGCAUUAAGACCAGGAUUAGAUGCGGAUAUUUGUAUUUUUGAAGAUGAUCAUGAAUGGAUUGUAGGCAGAGAAGAAUUGCUUUUCAGAAAUAAAGUUAGUCCAUACACGGGGAAGACUAUGAAGGGAAGGGUGAAGGAGACUUGGGUUAGAGGGACGAAAGUUUAUGAGAGAGGAGUGGGUGAGAUGAAUGGAAUGGUUGUUAGGAAGGCGGGACCUGUAGGAAGAUUGCUUUUGGAGAAGAGGAUUGUUUAGAUUUUAGGAUUUAGAUGGGGGUGGGAAUGGAAAUGGCUUGGAAAUUGAAUGGGGUAAUGAUUUAUGAUAUGCAUUGGCGGUCGGUAUAGCAUAGCAUUGGUACGGGAUAUAAUUGCAUGUAUGGAUAGGAUGGUAAGGGUUAUAUGGUUAAAAAUUUGCAUUUGAUCUAGCUGGGAGACUGGCUGUAUAUAGUCUAUAUAAUUGACAAUCAUGAUGUAUGAUAUAUGAUAUAUUCAGCGU